AGAGUGUUUUGGUGCAGCCAGUGCAGUGUCAGGAGGGGACAGCAGGUCCGGCUGGCAAUGAAGGGACAUCUCUCCACUCAGCUGUUUUGGUUUCUUCUCUUUGUUCAGGACACCAUGGGUGCUGAUGAGCUGAGGCUGGUGAAUGGAAGCAGCCCCUGUGCCGGGAGAGUGGAGGUUAAACACCAGGAUCGGUGGGGGACGGUGUGCGAUAACAAUUGGGACAUGGAAGAUGCUGAGGUGGUUUGUAAGCAGCUGGGAUGUGGAUCUGCUGUCAGUGCCCAUGGCCAGGCUUAUUUUGGAGAAGGAUCUGGACCAACUUGGCUAAUUCUAGCUAAUUGUGAUGGUGACGAGUCAGCUCUCUGGGACUGCACACAUGAGGGAUGGGGUGCAUUCCAGUGCUAUCAUUCUUUUGAUACAGGAGUGAUCUGCUCAGGUCUCAUUGAGGUCCGGCUGGUUGGAGGGGACACUGCCUGCUCGGGACGUGUUGAAGUCAAACAUGGAAAAGUGUGUGGGAGACAGUCUGUGAUUCACACUUGGAUUUCAACACCGCUUCUGUUAUCUGCAAUGAAUUAGGGUGUGGACAGGCUGUAGCCACCUUGGGAGCAACUCACUUUGGAGAAGGACAUGAUCUGAUCUGGAAGGAAGAGUUCCAGUGUGUGGGGAAUGAGUCUCUUCUUCAGAAAUGUCCCAGGAUGUCCCAUCCUAAUGGCACAUGCUCCCAUGCUAAUGAUGUCGGCAUAUUGUGCUCAGGGUACUCUGGGUACAGGCUGGCAAACGGCAGCACACGGUGUUCGGGGAGAGUGGAGCUUCGCCAUGGAGGCACCUGGGGAACCCUCUGUGACUCCCAGUGGGAUUUACAAGGUGCCCACACCCUCUGCCAGCAGAAUGACUGUGGAUUCGCCCUGUCGAUUCCAUCAGAGCAGCUCUUUGGCACAGGAGAUGGGUAUGUCUGGAACGGCACAUUUGGCUGUGAGAGGAACGAAUCUCGCCUGAGGGACUGUCCUGUUACUGCACUGGGCACAACUGAGUGUCCCCCUGGGAACGAAGCCAGUGUGGUGUGUUCAGGCUGCCUGGGCGGCAGGUUAGUGAACGGUACCGAGUGCUCCGGGAGAGUAGAGAUCCGACAUGGAGACACAUGGGGAAGCCUCUGUGCCUCUCACUGGGAUUUGCAAGAUGCCAACGUCCUCUGCCAUCAGCUGAACUGUGGUUAUGCCAAGUCGAUCCAGGGAGGAGCCCAUUUCGGGGAAGGGAACGGAACCAUAUGGAGCGACACUUUUCAUUGUGAAGGGACUGAAUCCUGCCUGUGGAAUUGUUCUCGCAUGGCCCUGGGCAACCCAGCCUGCUCCCCCAGAGACACAGCCAGGGUUAUUUGCUCUGGUCGUUCUGAGGCGCUCAGACUGUUGUAUGGAGAGAGCCGAUGCAAUGGGACAGUCGAGAUUUUCCUCCAUGGUAUGUGGAGCAGAGUCCUGGAUGACCAGUGGGACAUGAGAGAUGCCAGCGUGGUCUGCAGACAGCUCCAGUGUGGAGUCGCUGAGAAAGCUUAUAACCCCUCUAAGUCUGAGCGAGGAAGGGGCCCCGUGGGGCUGAGAAGGGUCCAGUGUGCUGGAAAUGAGACUCGUCUGACUCUCUGUGACAACUCCGUGUCUGAGACAGCCCAGGCAGGAAUUGCUGAGGAUGUCGGUGUCAUUUGCUCAGGGAGCAUGCAGAUCAGACUGGUGAAUGGGACAGGUCGCUGUGCUGGGAGAGUGGAGAUUUAUUACAAUGGCAGCUGGGGGACAGUCUGUGAUGAUUUCUGGGAUCUGUCAGACUCCAAUGUCGUCUGCAAACAACUAGGAUGUGGACAUGCCAUCAAUGCAACUAUCUCUGCUCACUAUGGGGAAGGAUCCGGGCAGAUCUGGCUGGAUGAUGUGAACUGCUCUGGGAAUGAAUCCGAACUUUGGGAGUGUCCUUCCAGAGUCUGGGGACAGCACAACUGCAGACACAAAGAGGACGCGGGAGUUCUCUGCUCAGAAUUCACAGAUCUGAGGCUGGUGAGCGACAGUGAAUGUGCUGGGCGGCUGGAGGUUUUCUACAAUGGGACGUGGGGCAGUGUUUGCUCCAAUGGGAUGCCUGGAGUCACCGCAGCAAUUGUCUGCAAACAGUUGAACUGUGGGGACAGAGGGCAGCUUGCAAGAGACUUUGCAUAUGGAGCAGGUUCUGGUCCCACGUGGCUGGAUCAUGUUUCAUGCAAGGAGCAGCACAGCUCCAUCUGGCAGUGCCCAUCAGACAUGUGGAAACAGCAGUCCUGUGAUAACCGCGCAGAAGAGAACCAUAUUUCUUGCAGUGGAGAAAAAGAGAAGCCACCUCAGACCCUGUUUGCUGAAUGCCCGAACUCUACAAGCUGCACAGACCAGGAGAAGUUACAAGUCGUGGGAGGAGAGGACAGAUGCUCGGGGAGAGUGGAGGUUUGUUGUGUGUAA